ACAGAAGGGGAUGACCCGCUCUGGGGUCCCUGUCCCCGAGGGCUCCCGGGGGCGACAGCAGCCACCGGCGGGGGGUGACGAGCGGCUGUCGGGGACCGGGGUUCACGGGCAGGUCCGGGGGUGCCGGGGGAGGCAGGAGGGGCCCGGGGGGUGCCGCUGGUGUCCGGGGGUGGCUGUCCCCAGCGUCACUCGCGGUGCUGUCCCAGCUGGGUGUUCCUCCAUGAGAAAGCGUACCAGGUGCGGGACACCGCCAUCGAGUCCUCCGUGGUCACCAAGGUGAAGGGCGUGGGGCGCUACGCGGGGCAGGUGAUGGACACGGCCGACUACGUCACGCCCCCCCAGGGCACCUCGGUGUUCGUGGUGGUCACCAAGCAGAUCCGGACCGAGGAGCAGGCGCAGGGCGUGUGCCCGGAGAGCGAAGCCGCGUUCCACUGCUCGGCGGACCGGGACUGCCGGGAGCUGAGCCCGGGCACGAGCAACGGGCUGCUGACAGGGCGCUGCGUCCCCUACAACGCGACCCUGCGCACCUGCGAGAUCCAGGGCUGGUGCCCGCCCGAGGUGGACACCGUUGACGUCCCCGUCAUGCUGGAAGCUGAGAACUUCACCCUCCUCAUCAAGAACAGCAUCCGCUUCCCGCUCUUUGGCUUUGAGAAGACCAACCUGCCACCCCCUGGCAGUGGGGCGGAGCUGGGCCGGUGUCGCUUCCACCCACAGCUGCAGCCCCUGUGCCCCAUCCUGCGCCUGGGGGACGUGGCACGUCUGGCUGGGCAGGACUUCCCCGCGCUGGCUGCCACCGGGGGGGUGCUGGGGAUCAAGAUCGGGUGGGUGUGUGACCUGGACCGGGCCUGGGAGCGCUGCCUGCCCCGCUACUCCUUCACCCGCCUGGACAGCCUGGCCCGGACCCCUGCCCCUGGAUACAACUUCAGGUACUACCGCUGGCCCGACGGCUCCGAGCGCCGCACCCUCAUCAAGGCCUUCGGGAUCCGCUUUGAUGUCCUGGUCUAUGGCAGCGCCGGGAAGUUCGGCAUCGUCCCCACCCUCAUCAACACGGUGGCUGCCUUCACCUCCAUCGGCGUGGGCACGGUGCUGUGCGACAUCAUCCUGCUCAACUUCCUCAAGGGCGCCGAGCACUACAAGGCCCGCAAGUUCGAGGAGGUCGGACAUGGGGCCGGGCUGCCUGGGGAUGGGGACACCUCCGGGGGUUCGAUCGGCCCCCCCGGCUGCAGGGACUCACCCAGUGCCUGCCCCACAGGUGUCAGAGGCCGGCGUGCCCGCCACCCCCUCAGCGUGUCCCCCCGGGGCGCUGGGGACCUGCUCCCGCGACAAGCAAUCCACCGACUCGGGCACCUUCUCCCUCGGCCUCUAGCCGCGGGGGCCAUGGGGCAGCCCCCCAGCCUGUCCACCCCGCUGUGGGGCAGCCCCUCACGGCCUGCUGAGGGGCUCCCCGGACCCCCCUCAGGCUCCAGGGCUCCCCCUGUGAGCCCCUUCAGCAUCUGACUGGCCCCAGUGCCCACCCCGGCUUGUCCCAGUGCAUCCCAGUGUCCCCAGGAGGUGCCCCAGCCCUGUCCCUUGCCCCCAGGGCACCUCUCUCCCAGCACCUCCCUGUCCCUGUCACCCCACGCCGGGGGCUGCACCCCCCAAUAAACCCGUGGCUCGCAGCACCCACCCGUGUCCAGCCUUGGGGGGGCGCGGGGCGGUUUUGGGGGGCCGACGGGCAGGGUUGGGGCGCCUGAGCAGAGGGAACAGGGGUCAGGGUGCUGUCCCUGGGGCGGGGGACACCGCGGGGGGAGCUGCCAACAGGAGGAGCCCGUGGCAGGGGCACAGAGGGACGGAGCUGUGCCCCAGGGGUGUCACUUCCUCGGUCGGAUGUGAGUAACAGCGGACUGGGAGGAAGCUCCCGGAUCCUCCUCGUGCAGGGCCAAGGCUGCCCUUCCUGCCCGGGGUGGCGGGGCUGAGGUCUGGCUCCUCAUCCCAUUCCGUGGGGCUCCCACCCCAAUCCCCCUGCAGAGCCACUGCGCAGGGAGCCGUGAGCCUGGCUUGCUCCCAGUGGAGCCGCUGGUGCCGAGUCCUGGGGCUCAUUCAUUCCUGGGAAAGCCGAACGAGGGUCCCGGAGCCCCCCGCCGGUGCCCGGGGCAGCCCCCACCCCGCAGCGAGAGCGGCUCCUGCCCUCCCCCCGCUGCAGAUAGCGGGGCUCCUUAUCAGCCCCACGGAUUCCUUAUCAGCCCAGCCCUGGCCACCCACCCACCACCCGUGGCCAGCGCAAACCCAGCCUGGGGGGCUCCUUGCCCGGCGCCGAGACCAACGGGACCCCCUGGGUGGCACCGGGGACGAGCCAUCCCAGCUUCCAGGACAGCGAGGGGAUGGCCGGGACAACAACCCGCAGUUUUUGGGAAGGGGAGAGACUGGAAACGGAUUCGUGUGUGGCGGCUGGAAAUGGAUACUUGUGCCGAGUUCCAAUUAGGACACAGAUAGCUGGGAGCGUUAUUAAUAGUCAUUAAUAGAACUGCUCAUUAGCGGUCCUGCUCAUUAACGGGGCUCCGGCCAGGGCGGGAGCAGCCCGGGGAGCCUCGCUGCCAUCCCGGGGGGCUCAUUAGCAGUGCCGGUGUUUCCCCGUUAAUGUUGCUAAUUAGCGGAAAGGCUCGAGCCGUGUCUGCGCUGGGGACUGCGGGGUUCCGGCCCUUCCUCAUUCCAGCUUGGGAUUUGAACGGGAACUGGGCACCUUGGCGGUUCUGCCACCACUUUCAGCAGUUUCUGGGUUUAAUACCUCUCUCCCCGCAUGCCGGCUGUCCCGGCACUGAGAUACGGGAUCGCUCCUUAUCUCCAGCCUGAUUCAGCCCUGGUUUGCUCUCCCAGCUCUGGAUUCUGGUUCGGUGCCCCCACCCCCGGGGCCCCCUAACCUGCACCCCCACUUACCAGCCCCUUUCCCCCCUACACUGCCUCAUUUUGGA